CGGGCUCGGGCCGCGGAGGCCGCCGGCUUAGACCGUCCCUGCUCUGCUGUGGCCGUCGCGAUGUUUUUCUCCCAGGCUGGGGCCCGGCCGCGGACGUGGGAAGCCAGCCCCGCAGAGCACAGGAAAUGGGUGGAAGUGUUCAGAGCGUGUGACGAAGAUAACAAAGGCUACCUGAGCCGAGAGGACUUCAAAGUUGCCGUGGGGAUGCUGUUCGGGUACAAGCCCUGCAAGAUAGAAGCUGAUGCUGUGAUGUCUUCAGUAAAUUCAAACACUUCCGGUGUAUCACUUGAGGAGUUUUUAAACCUUGUAAGGAAAAAGAAGGAAGCUCAGCUGUAUCGGAAUGAAAUAAGACACAUCUUCACAGCUUUCGACAGGCACUAUCGUGGGUAUUUAACUCUGGAAGAUUUCCAAAAAGCAUUCAAGCAGGUGGCUCCCAAGUUACCAGAAAGGAUUAUUCUCGAGGUUUUCAGGUAAGGCACCAAAAUCUCCACAUGCUCCCCAAGCCCUUGAUUUACUAUCUGCUUUUACAAGUUUUUGGUUUUAUGGAGAACACCUCCUUAUACUGAUUCUUCACUAGUGAACAUUUUCGCCUCAUAGUAGAUGGUCAUGCUGCAAGAGAGAAAUUUAUAGUCAGCUAUUCAGGCAGGCACC